CUGUUUCUUGCCGCGACCGGCCUCGUGUUUCAGAAUCAUGUUCGCAAACCCAGAGUGCUACAUAUACCCGGAUCGCACUCUACCCAGAUGUCGCCGCGGACAAGAACGAUUUGCCCAAGGCUAUAUAACAUGAAUGGUCACCUGCAGGUUUUUGAUAUCUAAGCUAACCUAAUUCCACCUGUGCUGGUCACUCGCUACUUCUGUUGUCUUCUUUUUUACCUAGACUCUUUCGUUUUAAGAUAUCCUCUUCUUUGUCCACACACAUAGUCCUAAUCUCCGAAAAUGUAUUCCACGACAGUUCUCAGCAUUGGCCUCUUCACCGCUACCGUCCUUGCUCACGGCAACAUCACAAGCCCUCCAGCUCGUCUUCCCGGCCCAGCCAUGGCGCAAGUCUGUGGUCAAGCCGCUGUCGCAGCCAUCAACGCCGACGGCACCGGUCCUCUUGAAAACAUCCCCAGCAACGGCUCGCCACGAUGCAACAUCGGUCUGUGCAAGGGCGCUCAGUUCGCCGACAACCAGAAGAACGUCCAGCGGUAUGCGCCAGGGGAGCGCGUCAACUUCUCUGCUGUCCUGCCAAUUCCUCAUGAAGGCCCAUGCAACAUCUCUGUUAUCGACACCAAAACCAACACUAUUGUUUCCACUAUGCUAGUGUUCGACUCUUACGCGGACGAGAACUUGGCGCAGCUGCCGCUGAACAACACACAGUUUAGUGUUGCGAUGCCGUCGAACCUUCCCGCCGGACAAUGCACACAGCCUGGACAGUGCACGAUGCAGUGGUUCUGGUUCGGCACCAACGCACAGCAGACGUACGAGAAUUGCGUCGAUUUCGUCAUGACGGCGUGAGCGAAGGUCGCUGUCGCGAGGUGAUUUCGGAGUGAGGCGGUGGUGGCAUGUGCUGAUCAUGUAGAGCCGGGACGCGUCCUCUUGUCGUCCAAAAUUUGCUUCGAAGGUUACCUGGUUGUAGUAUCUAGAGUUCAGCAAACAAUUUGCACAUGAUACCCAUAGUAGUUGGUCCGCUUCCUAUGAAUUAAUGUCAUUAUAAUCCCC